AUGAUCAUCCCCAUCACCCUCAGCACGUCUCCCGGUGCGAAGCUGCCCUCCGGUUUAGCCAAAAUCUCACACGACGAGGUAGUCCUCAUAGAACUCCAGGGCGCUCUAGAAGUCGAAACAACGAAGCCAGGAGAACACGAUGGAAAGGUCGUCGGACGUCUGACCAUCGACGAGGUUACCUCGAAGCCGAAGCUUAUGAUCGGACAUCAUCUACUUGAGGGGAAGAUAGCUACGCUAGCCAAGCCGCUAGCCGUGCUACACCGUGCCAGUCCUCCUCACGGAACAUCCGAUGCAAUGGACUGCGAUCAAAACCUAGAUCGUAGUACAGUAGAUGCAGGACAAAUGGGGGCAGGGUUUGAGGAGACAGGACGGACAAGCGACAAUCAGUGGGAGAUAAUAGCUGUGGUGAAGAAGAAAAUCUUGUUUUCUAAUAGGCCCAUGCCUAUCGUCAAGCUGCGAGGCUAG